GUGUGACAAACAUUUUCCACCAUCCAGCCAGCCCAGCCCAUGGAUGUGUUAUUAUAUUAUAAGACCUCGGCACUUUUCAUCAUACUGUCUAAACUAAUUUAGUAUUAACUGUACUGCAUAAGUGUUAAAAAUGCGCGUCUAACCGAGAAGAGUGUUACUCUCAGUUUAACGCAUAUUCCGCCUUAAAAACGAGCAGACUUCCUGUUCUCUCACAAAUCGGUGUACUAUUCCUUUAACUAAAGGGGCCGCGCAGUUGAAGCUGCAACCGUUUACAGGCUAACCCUCCUCUCACUCAGGAUCCAUUCAUAAAUAAGACAUCGUGUGGAAAAGGGAGCUCACACAACAUCUGAUUUUUCAUUCAGCGGACCGUAUGAGAGGGGCGAGCAGGAACCAGACAUGUUCACCUCGCUCGGGCACUGUGUGUGUGUGUCGGGGGCACAGUGGAGAGAGCAGAAGUGAAUUCCCAUGGCUGACCCCCCUGCUGAUGGUUUUGACUUUAUGUGCGAGCCGUCAGGAGGCAGCUUGAGCCAGCUCAGAGCGUUUGUCAAACCUAGACAAAUGCUCGUUUCCUCAGAAGGUUUGGUGUUUUAUACGUGCUUCCGCCUUACACAAGUCAUCCUGGUUUAAAUAGUCUACCGCUUUCCCUCUUUUUAUUUUUAUUUUUUUGAUAAAUGACAAUACACCAGCGGAGCAGAGGACCUGACAUACCGAUGGAGCAGUGAAUUAUGGCAGCUAAAGAGGAACUCUAUGCCAAAGUGACGCCGCGGAGGCAGCGCCAGAGCCGGCCAAGCACCAUCAAACAUGGGUCCACUCUGGACGUGCUGCUGUCCAUGGGCUUCCCCAAGACCAGGGCCUUGAAAGCUCUGGUUUCGACAGGAGGGAAAAACGUCCAGGCAGCUUGUGACUGGCUCUUCUCCCACGUGGAUGACCCCUUCUUGGAUGACCCACUGCCCAGAGAGUAUGUGUUGUAUCUGCGACCCAGUGGCCCGCUGCUCCAACAGCUCUCAAACUUCUGGCAGCAGUCCCGCCUCUCUUGUGGCAAGAAUAAGGCACACAACAUCUUCCCCCACAUCACCCUCUGCCAGUUCUUUAUGUGUGCCGACGGGAAGGUGGAGGCUCUGGCCGAUGCUCUCCAGACCACCGUGGCCAAGUGGAAAGGUCGUAUACCAAUGCCCCUCCCGCUGGAGCGCUACACCUCCUCAACCUUUAUUGGCCUCUUUGUGGAGGAGCAGAUGGCAGAGGUGCUGAAGAGUUUCGCUUCUGAUUUUGCAACUGAAGCAACCGCUAAAGCAGAUGUUCACGUCGAGCCUCAUAAGAAACAACUUCAUGUCACUUUGGCAUACCACUUCCAAGCCAGUCACCUUCCAAUUUUGGAGAAGUUGGCUAAAACAGUGGAUGUGUCUUCAGGCUGUGACUGGCUGGCUGUGCUCUACUCCCGGGAUAUUCGGUUCGCUAAUCAUGAGACACUGCAAGUCAUGUACCCGUAUGUGCCUCAGAAUGACGAUGAGCUUGAGUUGCUGCCAGGAGACUUUAUUUUCAUGUCUUCGGGGGAGCAAAGCAGUGCCAGUGAGGGCUGGCUGUACGGCACCUCGCUGGGAUCGGGGCUGUCGGGCCUGCUGCCUGAGAACUACGUAAACCGUGCUGAUGAGUCUGACACUUGGGUCGUCCAUGGGUCUCACUCUAUGCUCACCUGUGCCUCUCCAUCUAACUCUGGCGGCGCCGUGUCUGGGUUAUUAUUUGAUGGACAGCUGAAUGACAGUCUGCUUGACAGUCUUAUGGAUACUCCCGGCCUCGCUGGCCUCUGUCCUCCUAUGCAGGUGUUGAGGCCAACCAGUCAAUCCUCCCUGUCCAAAAUGAGACUGUUUGUGUGUCGCCAUGGGGAGAGGAUGGAUGUGGUGUUUGGGAAACACUGGAUUACUCAGUGCUUUGACUCCAAAGGCCGAUACAUUCGCUCUAAUCUCAACAUGCCAACCAGCCUGCCAGCUAGAAUCGGAGGUCACCGGGACUAUGAUAAGGAUUGUCCAAUAACUGUGUUUGGCUCCACCCAGGCCCGUCUUGUAGGUGAAGCCCUGUUAGAAAGCCACACAACAAUAGACUUUGUUUACUGCUCUCCUUCUCUUCGCUGCAUCCAGACUGCUCAGCACAUUCUGCAGGGUCUCCAGCAGGAGGGAAAGACAAAAAUCCGUGUGGAGCCUGGAUUGUUUGAAUGGACGAAGUGGGUGGCAGGCACAUGUUUACCCGUCUGGAUCCCCCCAACUGAGCUGGCUGCAGCUAACCUGAGUGUUGACACAACAUACAGACCUCAUAUUCCUAUAAGUAAGUUGGCGGUGUCAGAGACCUAUGACACAUACAUCAGCAGGAGCUUCCAAGUAACCAGAGAGAUCCUGUCAGAGAGCAAAGGCCUGGGAAACACAGUCCUGAUUGUGGCCCAUGCGUCCUCGCUGGAAGCUUGCACUCGCCAGAUACAAGGCCUCAGCCCCCAAAACUCCAAGGACUUCGUCCAAGUUGUCCGAAAGAUUCCUUACUUGGGUUUUUGCGCUUGUGAAGAAAUGGGAGAGACCGGGGUGUGGCAGCUGGUCGACCCACCCAUCUUGCCUCUGACACAUGGACCCAAUCACAGUUUCAACUGGAGGGAAAUGCUAAUACAAGACUGAAGAUGUGCUGUUUGGCUCUCUAUCUUUUGGGCAGCCCUGAACUGCUGAAAAAAAUAUUUAUUUUUAACCCACUCUUCUGCUAUAAACCCAGCCCAACUACCAAAAAAAACAAAACACGUCUAGCUUCCGUCAAAAACAUCAUGCAAAUGUAUUCAUACACACAGCUCAGGAAUGAGAAAAUACAGUUUUUGUAGAGAUCACGGCAAAAAUGAGCUACAGAUUGGACGGCAGUUUGUUUCCCCCUUUGUUUGUACGUCUUUGCCCAAAAUGUGGAGGUGCUAUGAAAAAUAUGUACCGGUAUAGUUCUUGAUGGUUGCGCAUGAAUCUGGUUUUAUGGCUCCUCCUCAGGCUCUACAAGACGUUGUGCUCUGCUGCCUUCUUACACCGUGUGACAAAAACUAGAUGAGAAAGACUUAAACCACAGAAAUAUUUUUUCAUGUGUCAGAAAUUAUUAUUUAACUUGUAGCUAUGACCCUCCUGCGAAAAAGCUCAAAAGAAAUGUUGACAAUCAGACAGGGGAAAACUAAUGUGCAUUGUUUCUGGUGCUGAGGUGGGUAGUUUAUGAUACCUGUUUUAUUCCUGUAAAUGUCAUAUCAUUAAGUGAUUCUUCUAAGUUAACAUUUAUGUGCACACAUGAAUAUUUUACCUCCCUGUAAUGCAGUUUUGAUUAGCACCCACAGGAGCAACCAAGGCAGUGUGACUUAAGAAAAUUAAUAUAAUGAAAUAUAGACUGCUGUUGAGUGCAUUGACUAAAACCUUUGCUUGUUCAUCACAACCCUAAAACUCUGUAAGCUUGAUAACCACGCUGCUUUUCAAACACUUGGUGCAUUUUAUUUCUUUGGUUAUGUCAAAUGCUUUAAGUGCUCACUGCCUAUACCAUUUAUUUGAUAUAUGACUCAAAAAUGAUUAAAGCAAAGUUGUGGAGUUAUAAAGGCCGUUACAUACCA